AUGACAGAUUAUCCUCACUUGCAUUAUACACUUAUAACAGAGAAUAAAACAGAAAAGGGAGUGGAACAAAUGGAGUUUGAUGAAGUCGCAGUUUAUUUCUCGGAGGAGGAGUGGGGCUGUUUAGCUGAAGAACAGAAAGAGCUUUAUAAGGAUGUGAUGAUGGAGAAUUACCAGACCCUCAGGUCUCUAGGAUAUGUUCAUGUGAAACCUUUACUUGUUACAAAGAUUGAGCGAAGAGAGGAGCCGUAUGUGUGCACUUUUACCAAUGGUGGAUUAAUAGACUAUGAUAAUCCUAGUCAUGGCCAGAAUGCAGAUGCUUCGUUAAGAUUUUUUCAAAAUCCAAGAAAUCAUUUGAGGAACUUAUGUUCUAAAUGUGGGAAAUGUUUCACUCUGAAAUUAGAUCUUAUGAGGCAUCAGAAAAUUCAUAUAGGAGAUAACGCAUUUUCAUGUUCUAAUUGUGGUAAAUGUUUUAAUCAGAAAUCAAAUCAUCUUAGACAUCAGACAAGUCAUACAGGAGAGAAAGCAUUUUCAUGUACUGAAUGUGGGAAAUAUUUUACUAAGAAAUCAAAUCUUAUUAGGCAUGAGAAAAUUCAUACAGGUGAAAGAGUUUUUUCAUGUUCUGAAUGUGGGAAAUGCUUUACUCGGAAAUCAAAUCUCAUUACUCAUCAGACAAGUCAUACAGGAGAGAAAGCAUUUUCAUGUCCUGAACGUAGGAAAUGUUUUAGCCAGAAAUCAUAUCUUAUUAGAUAUCAGACAAAUCAUACAGGAGUAAAAGAAUUUUCAUGUGCUGAAUGUGGGAAAUGUUUUAGCCGGAAAUCAUAUCUUAUUAGACAUCAGACAAGUCAUACCGGAGAGAAAGAGUUUUCAUGUUCUGAAUGUGGAAAAUAUUUUACUCGGAUAUCAAGUCUUUUUAGACAUCAAAAAAGUCAUACAGGAGAGAAAGAUUUAUUAUGUUCUGAAUGUGGUAAGUGUUUUAAUAGGACAUCAAGUCUUAUUAGACAUCAGAAAAGUCAUACAGGAGAGAGAGGUUUUUCAUGUUCUGAAUGUGGGAAAUGCUUUACUCGGAAAUCACAUCUUGUUAUACAUCAGACAAGUCAUACAGGAGAGAAAGCAUUUUCAUGUGCUGAAUGUGGAAACUGUUUUACUCAGAAAGCACAUCUUGUUAGACAUCAGAAAAGUCAUACAGGAGAGAAAGCAUUUUCAUGUGCUGAAUGUAGGAAAUGUUAUAGCCGGAAAUCAUACCUUAUUAGACAUCAAACAAGUCAUACAGGAGAGAAAGCAUUUUCAUGUUGUAAAUGUGGGAAAUGUUUUACUCAGAAAUCAGAUCUAACUAGGCAUCAGAAAUUUCAUGCAGGAGACAAAGCAUUUUCAUGUUUUGAAUGUGGGAAAUGUUUUACUCAGAAAUCAGAUCUAACUAGGCAUCAGAAAAUUCAUGCAUGAGAGAAAGCAUUUUCAUAUUCUGAAUGUGGGAAAUGUUUUACUCUAAUAUCACAUCUAAUUACUCAUCAGAAAUUCAUACAUAUGAAACCAUUUUUGUGUGCUGAAUUUGGAAACUGGUUUAAACUGAAAUCCCAUCUUAUUUGACAUCAGAAAAUUCACACAGGCGAGAAAACAUUUUCAUGUUCUGAAUGUGGGAAAUGUUUUACUCAGAAAUCAAAUGUUAUUACUUAUCAAAGAAACAUAUUAUGCUUACCUGAAAAAAUAAUUUCCUUCUAAUGACAGUGAGGGUUCACAUAAACAUUCAUAACCUAUCAGAAAUACUUCACCUAACCACCAGGAGGAGGCAAAGACACCCCAAACAGAACAUUGAAAUAUCCCUCCCACUUCCCCAGUAAUUUUUUGCCUUUGUCUACAGGAGGAUGGCAGAGAGUGGUGCUCUGCUGAAUUCUGGAUUUUAUGCUCUAAAUGGGUUGUUUCCCUUUAUUAAAGAGCAGGGAAGUUGUCAGUAGCCAUGUAAUCCUCUUAGUAAGAGUUUUGGUGAAUGUUAGCUCUAGAUGUCACGGGGAAGCUUCCCAUGCCUACAUCCAGUAUAUUUAUGCUAUCCUUCCUGUGGGAUAUACAGUGUUAGUUACGCUGGUUUCCUUGUGUCACAGGUCCCUGUGAGGAUGAAAAUUGGUACUGUCAGACCUGGGGCUACUGAGAAAGCCACAUAACUGCAGAUGAAGACUUCUGACUGGUGAGUCCAUGGAAUCCCUUAUCCCCUCUAUGGCUUGUGGUCUAAGUGUGGUGCAGCUUUACUAGCUAAGUAAGCUAAGGGUAGGGGACAUUUGCCACUUUGCUGGUUUACCCUCAGUAGGGGCAGGC